AUGGCCAGAAACAGUGUGCCACCAGUGACAAAAUUAUUUCUUUCGCUCCUUGUUGUCUGCUCUUUGAUCUCAUUCAUUCUACGGUACGCUACGUAUCUUCAUAUUGUGACAAGUGAAACUCAUGAUCAAGAUCAUGCCCAUUUGAUAAAUAAUCAAGAUGGUAUCAAACCUCAUAGUAUUGAAGGAGCUACACCAAGUGAUCUACCGGAUCCACAUGAGUUAUAUGUUCCAUUCAUUGCAUUAGUCCCAGGUCAAACCAACGUGUUAACUAUGCCUUGGGUUCUUUUCACAUCAACAUUUAUAGAAGGUGGAUUAAUUGCAUUUACAAUUUCAUUUUUUUUAAUCCUUUAUACUGGGAGAUAUAUUGAAGUACUUUGGGGGUCAAGAGAAUUUUUCACUUAUUUAAGUUGUAAUGUUUUGAUAAGUAAUUUCAUAACAUUUGUUUAUUAUAAAUUUAAACUUUCAAUUGAUGAAUCAUUCCCAAUAUCACCAAUUACAGGUUCAUCAUCAAUUAUAAUUGCAUUAUUAGUUGCCAUAAAGCAAAGAAUUCCAAAUCAUUAUCUGUUAUUCUUGAAUGGGUUUAUUAGACUACCAGUUUCAUUAGUACCUUUCUUGAUCAUUACAACAAAUACCAUAUUAUCAAUUAUUAGUUCAGAUCCAUUUUAUAAAGUGAUAACUAUACUUUCAUGGUUAAGUCUUAUUAUAAGUUGGACAUAUCUUCGUUUUUAUAAAGAAGGUGGUUCAGGUAGACAAUUAUCAUUAUUACCAAUAACAGAAACAGGAUCAUCAUUUACAUUGAUUAAAGGUGAUCGUACAAAUCAAUUUGCAUUAUUCACAUUUUUCCCUAAACCAAUUUCUUAUAUUGUGAAAUUUAUAUCAAAUAAAUUAUUUGAUAUAUUUGUGGUUUUAAAAUUAAUCAAUAGACAAGAUUUCAUAGAAACAGAAUUAGAAGAUAAUCAAGAUGAAGAUAAUAAUAAUACCACACAACAAGAUUUAAUCAGUCAAAUGUCACAAUCUCGUUUAUUCACAUCAUCUUCUUUAGCUGGUGUUUCAGGUGGUGUUUCUACUGUUUCAUUACCUAAAUCAGGAUUCAUAAGGACAUUACAAAUUAAAAUUUCUAGUAUUUUCGGUAUAAAUUCAAUCAAAGAUGAGAAUUUAUCAUUAUCUUCUCGGAGGAAACAGGCUUUGGCUCAAUUGGACUCCAAAUUACCAGGAGUUUGA